AUGUCGAGUGCUCUGGCCUCUUUCGUUGGAAAGAGAAUUUUAGCGGAAUCGGCGAGGAACCAUUUCGGCCAAGAGGAUCCCUACUUCGAAGAAGUUCCGGCUUCGCGACUCUACCGAGCCUUCGGCAAGAAGACAAAGAGGAGACGGAAAGCAAUCCCUCCUGGACUCUCUGAGAAUGAUCAGAGAGUCCUCACCCGGGUGAAACGCAGGGCGUACAGACUAGACUACUGCCUAUUCAAUCUCUGCGGCAUUCGCUUUGGCUGGGGCAGUGUCAUUGCGCUGAUCCCAUUUCUCGGCGACGUUGGCGAUACGGCACUCGCCAUGAUGGUCGUAAGGAACUGCGAGGAGAUUGAUGGGGGUUUACCAGCACGGCUCAGGAUGAUGAUGAUGAUCAAUGUGCUGAUCGACUUCGUUAUCGGUCUGGUCCCAUUCGUAGGGGACCUCGCGGACGCUAUGUACAAGUGCAACUCAAGAAACGCUGUCAUCCUAGAGAAGCACUUGCGAGAAAAGGGAGUGAAGGCGCUUAAGGCGCAAAGUCGAACUUCAGAAGGGGCCGUUGAUGCCAGCCUGCCGGAGGAAUUCGACAGAUUUGACCAGAGUGCCUUGGACGAGCCGCCUAGAUACGAGAGUCAGGCACAAGCGGGACCUGCUAGACCUGAGCCAGCCAGGAAUCCGCAGAGAGACCGGUCGCAGAAGGGGUGGUUUCGUAAAUCAUCCAAUCGUGCAGGUGACUUAGAGGCUGGAGCCGGUGACAACCCAAAGUCCCGUGGUCGAUGA